CGUAGACGACCUGGGCGACCACGUAAGAUUCCACGCAUACAAGAACCCGAAAAAGACAGUGGUCCACCAAUACCUGUAACUGAAAGUCAAGCUGAAAUUUCUGUUAUUCUUUCUGAUGUUGAAAAUAAAGAUAUUUCCCCCAACCCUCAUCAGGAGGAACAGAAACCACCUACUAGGCCACGUGGGCGGCCACCCAAGCACUUCAUGGGCAAAAGGUAUCAUCGCUACAGAGGCCAGAGGUAUUAUAAACCUCCAAGUAAGCCUCUACUCAGACAAUUUAUGUGCCGUGUCUGUGGCUCCCGUUUCCUCACACAAGAAGACUAUUCCUUUCAUGUGAAUUCACACGAUGGCAGUGACCCCCAAUCAUUCCGGUGCCUGCAGUGUAACUACCAGUGCCGAAGAUGGUCUUCAUUAAAGGAGCACAUGUUUAACCACCAAGGAAGUAAGCCACACAAAUGUGACCAAUGUGACUACACUAGUGUAUACAAAAAGGAUGUGAUAAGACACUCUGUUGUGCACAAGCAGGAACGGAAGAAGAAACCUUUGCUGACUUCAAAAAGUUCCACCUAUCCAUGUCCUGUCUGUAAUCGGGUAUAUAAUAUGCAAAAGAGGCUGACACAGCAUUUAAAAUCACACAGCAGUGAGAAGCCACACAUGUGUGACAAGUGUGGUAAAGCCUUUAAGAAGCGUUACACCUUUAAGAUGCACCUUUUGACUCACCUACAUUGUGUGGAGGAGAGCAGGUAUAAAUGUGAAUUCUGUGAAUAUAUGUGU